GGCAGUUCAACCCCGCGUUCGGCUGCUGUCGAGGAGGAGGCCAGAGCCCCGGGAGAGGAUGCGCCCCGCGGAGCCGCCUGGGCCUGCGGGAGCCUGCUGCACUUGAGAUGGAGUUACUGCCCCUCUGGCUCUGCCUGGGUUUUCACUUCUUGACAGUGGAAUGGAGGAAUCCAAGUGGAAAUGUCAUGGCCACUUCCCAAGGGGGCUGUGAGUUGCUGGAUGGAGUCGCUGACUGUCGAGGGCAGAACCUUGCUUCAGUGCCCAGCAAUCUCCCACCAUCCUCCCAGACACUCCUCCUGGAUGCCAACCCUCUCAAGACCCUGUGGAACCACUCGCUGCAGCGUUACCCUCUCCUGGAGAGCCUCAGUCUGCACAGCUGCCACCUGGAGCACAUCAGCCGUGGCGCCUUCCAGGAGCAGGCUCGCCUGUGCAGCCUGGCACUGCCUGACAACUCACUCUCCGAGAGCUACAAGGAGACGGCAGCUGCUCUCCACGGCCUGCGGGGUCUGCGCAGGCUGGACUUGUCAGGGAACUCCCUGACGGAAGACAUGGCGGCCCUCAUGCUACAGAACCUCUCUUCGCUGGAGUCCGUGUCCCUGGCCAGGAACACCAUCAUGAGGCUGGAUGACUCCGUCUUUGAGGGCCUGGGCCGCCUCAGGGAGCUGGAUUUGCAGAGGAACUACAUCUUUGAGAUUGAGGGUGGUGCUUUCGACGGCUUGCCUGAGCUGAGACACCUCAACCUGGCCUAUAACAACCUUCCUUGCAUUGUGGACUUCGCCCUCACCCAGCUGCGGUCCCUCAACGUCAGCUACAACGUCCUGGAGUGGUUCCUGGCAUCGGGGGGAGAGGCCACCUUUGAGCUAGAGACGCUGGACCUCUCUCACAAUCAGCUGCUGUUUUUCCCCCUCCUGCCUCAGUGCAGCAAGUUGCACACCCUCCUGCUGCGGGACAACAACAUGGGCUUCUACAGGGACCUGUACAACACCUCGUCCCCACAGGAGAUGGUGGCCCAGUUCCUCUUCAUGGACGGCAACGUGACCAACAUCAGCACCGUCAACCUCUGGGAAGAGUUCUCUUCCAGUGACCUCUCUGAUCUCCGCUUCCUGGAUAUGAGCCAGAACCAGUUCCAGUAUCUGCCAGAUGGUUUCCUGAAGAAAAUGCCUUCCCUCUCCCACCUGAACCUCAACCAGAAUUGCCUGAUGACGCUCCACAUCCGGGAGCACGAGCUGCCAGGAGCGCUCACCGAGCUGGACCUGAGCCAGAACCAGCUGUCAGAGGUGCACUUGGCUCCGGGGCUCCCUGGCUGCCUGAGGAGCCUCCGGUCCUUCAACCUGAGCUCCAACCAGCUCCUGGGUGUCCCCACUGGCCUUUUUGCUGAUGCCAGUAACCUCGCUACAAUCGACAUGAGCCACAAUCAGAUCUCACUUUGUCCCCGGCCGGGGGACUUAGACCCCGGGGGCACCCCCGGCUGUGUGGAUUUCAGAAAUGUGGCAUCUUUGAGGAGCCUGUCUCUGGAGGGCUGUGGGCUGGGGGCACUACAAGACUGCUCGUUCCAGGGCAUGGCCCUCACCCACUUAGACCUGUCUGGUAACUGGGGGCUUCUGAAUGGAAGCAUCGCCCCUCUCUGGGACAUUGCCCCCACGUUACAGGUCCUGUCUCUCAGGAACGUGGGCCUCAGUUCCGGCUUCAAGGAGUUGGACUUCUCUGGGUUUGGGAAUCUGAGGGACUUGGAUCUGUCGGGAAAUGCCUUGACCAGUUUCCCAAGGUUCAGGGGCAGCCUGGCCCUGCAGACCCUGGAUCUCCGCAGAAACUUGCUCACGGCCCUUCCUCAGAGGGCUGUGUCUGAGCAGCUCAUGGGGAGUCUGCGGACCAUCUACCUCAGUCAGAAUCCAUAUGACUGCUGUGGGGUGGAGGACUGGGGGGCCCUGCAGCGCCUGCACACUGUCGCCGACUUGGCCAUGGUCACUUGCAACCUCUCUUCCAGGAUCAUUCGCCUGACGGAGCUGCCCGGAGGCGUUCCUCAGGUCUGUAAGUGGGAGCGGGUAGACAUGGGCCUGCUGUACCUCGUGCUCAUUCUUCCCAGCUGCCUCACCCUGCUGGUGGCCUGCACUGUCAUCUUCCUCACUUUCAGGAAGCCUCUGCUUCAGGUAAUCAAGAACCGCUGCCACUGGUCCUCCAUAUACUGACCUGGCUACGUGCCAACAUUAGAAACUUGGUCUGUACACGUAAGGACAUUUUCUCUGCCAGGUUUCAAGAUCUGGUGCAGAGGACAAGUCUGAAGAACUGAGGUUUAAAUUAAAGUUUAAAAUGUUUCCAUCCCUUAGUUGUCCCAAGUUCUUCCUCUAUCAUUGUGACGCAUCCUCAAUC